AUGGAAGUCAAAGUAUGGCAGUUGUUGUGGUGUUGUAUGUUUCUUUUCAUCUUGGAAGUUAAGGUGAUCUUUGCUGAUACUAAUCCCGGUGAUGCGGAGGUGCUCCGAGCGUUGAAAGACCAAUGGCAAAAUACGCCACCAAGCUGGAAAAGGUCGAAUGAUCCAUGUUCGUGGGAAGGUGUCAACUGUACAGACACCAGGGUGAUUGGACUGGGCUUGUCGAGUAUGAGCUUAGUAGGUCAACUCGUUGGUGACAUCGGUGGCCUCUCUGAACUAACAUCGUUGGACUUAUCGUUUAAUGGCGGACUAACAGGUCAGAUCUCUCCAAGGGUAGGAGACCUCGGAAAUCUUGACACACUGAUUCUAUCUGGGUGUAGCUUCACCGGUAACAUUCCAUCUGAACUUGGAAACCUCAAGAAGCUAUCUUUUCUGGCUUUGAACACAAACAACUUGACUGGUCAGAUUCCACCAUCGUUGGGAUAUUUAUCGGAACUUUACUGGUUGGACAUCUCGGAGAAUCAACUGACGGGAUCACUUCCAGUUUCCACUCUCACGAAUCCGGGGUUGGAUAUGCUAAAACAUUGUAAACAUUUCCAUUUCAAUAAGAACAAGCUAUCAGGAGGAAUUCCUUCCCAACUUUUCAGCUCCGACAUGGUUCUAAUACAUGUACUUUUCGAUGGGAACCAGUUAAUCGGAGAAAUCCCCAUUACACUUGGAUAUGUCAAGACCCUUGAGGCCCUUCGACUCGAUCGAAACGCCUUGGAAGGUGAAGUACCACCAAACCUAAACAACCUCACAAGUCUUGGUGAAUUAAAUCUAGCCUACAACAAUCUAAAAGGAGCUUUGCCAGAUCUAACGGGGAUGAAUUCACUCACCUAUGUGGACUUGAGCAACAAUUCAUUUCAAGCAUCAGACCCUCCACGUUGGUUUUCUACACUACCUUCUUUAGGCACACUCGUUAUGGAAUUUGGAUCACUUCAAGGAAAUCUUCCACAGGCCCUUUUCGGUUUAUCAGGAAUUCAACAAGUGAAAUUGAAGAACAAUCUUUUCAAUGACACGUUCAAUAUGGGCGACAACAUCAGCGGUCAAUUACAACUUGUCGAUUUGCAAAGCAAUAAGAUUGACAAUGUAACACUCAGUAGCCAAUACAAGAACACACUCGAACUCUAUGGGAACCCCGUUUGCGAUACUACGCUUGAGAACUCUACGUAUUGCCAACUUCAAACACUGAGAAACUCAUACUCUACAAGCUCGGCUGAUUGUGGGAGUAAAUUGUGUCGACACGAUUCAAAACUGAGCCCUCAAAAUUGUAACUGUGCUUAUCCAUAUGAAGGCACAAUUUUCUUCAGGGCACCAUCGUUUAGGGAUUUAUCUAAUGUUACCAUAUGGCAUUUGCUAGAAACAAGCCUUUGGACAAAAUUAGGCCUCACUGAGGACUCGGUUUCACUACAAAAUCCUUUCUUUAAUACUGAUGAUUAUCUUCAAGUGCAUGUUGGAUUCUUCCCAUCAAAGGAUAAGCAUUUUACGCGAUCAGAGGUCCAAAUGAUGGGGUUUUUCUUGAGUAAUCAAACAUACAAGCCUCCAGCUGGAUUCGGACCAUAUUAUUUUAUUGCAUCACCUUAUUCGUUUCCAGAUGGCCGUGGAGGAAGUAUUGGAGUUGGUGGUGUGAUUGGGAUCUCAAUUGGUUGCACCCUUUUGAUUCUAGUGCUUAUCGGGCUUGUGUUCUAUGCUGUUCAACAAAAGAAACGUGCUGAAAGAGCAAUAACUCUAAGCAAACCUUUUGGAUCAUGGGCUCCAAGUGCUAAAGAUAGUGGAGGAGGUGCACCACAGUUGAAGGGAGCUAGAUGGUUCUCUUAUGAUGAACUCAAGAAAAGUACAAAAAACUUCUCUGAGAUUAAUCAAAUAGGAUCCGGUGGUUACGGGAAGGUUUAUAGAGGAGUGAUCCCAGGAGGGCAAAUGGUUGCAAUUAAAAGAGCUCAACAAGGAUCCAUGCAAGGCGGGCUCGAAUUCAAGACAGAAAUCGAGUUGCUUUCAAGAGUCCAUCAUAAGAAUCUGGUUGGGCUAGUCGGGUUUUGUUUUGAACAAGGAGAGCAGAUGUUGGUAUACGAGUUUAUGUCCAAAGGAACCCUUAGAGAAAGCUUGUCAGGGAAAUCAGGAAUUCAUCUAGACUGGAAGAGGAGACUUCGCAUCGCUCUUGGUUCAGCUAAAGGAAUAGCUUAUCUACACGAGCUGGCAGAUCCCCCUAUAAUUCAUAGAGACAUUAAAUCGACUAAUAUACUCUUAGACGAAAAUCUCACUGCAAAAGUUGCAGAUUUCGGGUUGUCAAAGCUAGUCUCUGACAGCGAAAAAGGUCAUGUGUCCACUCAAGUUAAGGGUACCCUGGGAUAUCUCGAUCCCGAAUACUACAUGACACAACAAUUGACCGAUAAGAGCGAUGUAUACAGUUUUGGGGUGGUGAUGCUUGAACUAAUAACCGCUAAACAACCAAUUGUAAAAGGUAAGUACAUUGUGCGCGAGGUGAGACUAGCCAUGGACAAAACUGAUGAAGAGGAAUAUGGGUUGAGGGAAAUAAUUGAUCCUAAUCUCAAAGACACAACAUUCUUGAUUGGUUUUGGGAGGUUUAUACAGCUAGCGAUGCAAUGUGUGGAAGAAUCAGCUGCAGAUCGUCCAACGAUGAGCAAUGUUGUGAAAGCACUUGAGUCCAUUUUAACAAGUGAUGGACUCCGCACAAAUUCAGAUUCGGCAUCAUCAUUAGGAUCAGUUGGAGGUGCUCCUAAGCAUCCUUAUAAUGAAGGUGAGCUUAAAAGGAAUACUAGUGAUGUAUUUGACUAUAGUGGUGGAUACAAUAUCACGGCAAAAAUUGAACCCAAAUAA